AUGUCACCCUUCUUCAAGUAUUCCCCUCGCCGCUUUCGCAGGCGCAAUUAUAAUACCAAUGCGCCUUCUGGACCGAAGACUCUGACAAUGUCAGGAGAGGUUCAAAGGCUCGUAGAUACUAUCCCGGACCCUUACAGAAAGAAGGAGUUUGGCUCUGAAAUGAAUUCAUUUCUUCACCUCUUCUCGAGAUAUCAGCAAGAACGUAACAAGUGUCCAGAAUUGAAUUGGAACCUCAUCAAAGUUCCCGAUGUCGUCCAGUUGGACGACCUUGAACUCGCUGUCAAUUCGGCUGAUUUGAAUCAGCUUGCCAUUUUGAAAGUCAAUGGCGGUUUAGGUACAUCUAUGGGCAUGACGGGAGCAAAGAGCGCGUUAACCGUCAAGGAUGACUUGACAUUCCUCGACUUGACGAUUAUGCAAGUCAGGCACCUGAACGAAAUACAUCGUGCUGACGUUCCACUGCUUCUGAUGACAUCUUUCAAUACCGAAGACGAUACCUUGCGAAUUGUCAGGAACUACGCCAAUCAGAACGUUCGCAUUACGACAUUCAACCAGUCCAGAUAUCCCCGGAUCGUUCAGGACACUCUCCUGCCCUCUCCCAGGCGCGCGGACGACGACAGGAAAAACUGGUACCCCCCAGGUCACGGAGAUCUAUACAAUGCUCUACUUCACUCUGGCGUACUAGAUCAACUUCUGGAGGACGGGAAAGAGUACCUUUUUGUAUCCAACUCUGACAACUUAGGCGCAACGGUCGACACACGAAUCAUACAGUAUAUGAUCGAUAAGAAAAUCGAGUUUCUCAUGGAGGUGACGGACAAGACAAAGGCCGAUAUACAGGGUGGUACUCUGGUAGAUAUCAAUGGAUCCCUCUGCCUACUUGAAUUAGGCCAGGUACCACCUCAGCAUAUAGAGGAUUUCCAAUCCGUGCGUAAGUUUGGCAUCCUCAACACGAACAAUCUGUGGAUAAAUCUUCGGGCUUUGAAGAGGAUUAUGGACAAGGAUGGCAUGGACUUGGACAUCAUUGUUACCCCGAAGGCUACUAGUGAUGGUCAGUCCGUAAUUCAGCUCGAAACUGCUGCAGGAGCUGCAAUCAAGUAUUUCGAGAAUGCACAAGCAGUCAAAGUUCCUAGAAGUCGUUUCUUGCCUGUUAAGAAUUGUUCCGAUCUCCUUCUCAUCAAAAGCGAGAUCUACAAUAUUCAGAAUGGUCAAAUAGUGCUGGACUCGAAUAGAAUGUUUAAUACGACUCCCGUUAUCAAGCUAGGCGACCAUUUUAAGAACAUCCACGAGUUCCAGAGACGGUUCAAACAAAUUCCCAGUAUCGUCGACCUAGAUCAUUUGACAGUUGCAGGAGAUGUCUAUUUUGGUCGAAGCGUCACACUUCGGGGAACUGUCAUCGUCAUUGCAAAAGAUGGUCAGAGGAUUGACAUUCCUGAUGGGACCGUACUUGAGAACAGGCUAGUGUCAGGCAAUUUACUGAGUAUCGAGCUUUGA